AUGCUUUUUCCGGGGCUGCUCACCUUUUCUGGGUGCUGCACCAAUGUGAUCUCCAUGGAGCUGAUUUCUCAGCUGAAACCCGUGCCAUCGAACCUCAUAACUGCGUGCCAGUACCUGUUCAUCUCGCUCGCCGUGGCGCCUUUUCUGCCCCGAAAUAAGGACAAACGUCCUCCGUUCCAAUAUUUUUUGACCACCUCGCUCUUUUUCCUGUGUGCUAUCGCGAAUAACCUGGCGUUCAAGUACGGCAUCUCUGUUCCCGUGCACAUAGUGAUGCGGUCGGCGUCAACACCGUUGACCGUGAUCAUUGGGUCGCAAUUUUUUGGCAGACGCUACUCUAUCUACCAGAUCGCAGGUGCUACCAUUUUGUCCGCUGGUAUAACUAUAACCACACUUUCCGGAGAAAAUAGUGACUCCCGCCACCCCGUUACCCUUGCAGGCCUGCUGCUCGUGUUUGCGUCGACGCUACUAGGAGUUGUUACCUCGUUCUGGAACAACAAAAUCAUGCUAACGCAGAAACUCAACUGGAUCCAGACCCUUUUCUACACCCACUUCUACGGCCUGCCGUCUCUGCUGCUGAUUAGCAACGGCAUAGUUGCCGAGCUACAACUGUAUGGACGUUCUUCUGAAUUUUGGCGGUUUGCAAUGCUCAAUACCGGCACGCAGCUCGUCUGUGUCACCGGAGUCAACAUGCUGGCCCAGAAAACUGACCCGCUUACGCUCGGUGUUGUACUGCUUCUGCGCAGAUUCGCCUCGUUCGUUAUCUCUCUGGUGUUUUUCAGCCAUAACUUGGGAGCAUUGGGUUAUCUGGGCAUGCUCACCGCGUCUGUGGGGGCUCUCAUCUAUCAACUAGACGAUAGAAUAAAUAAACUGAAAUAA